CCAAAAUACACAGAUUAUUCUAAUGGGUAAUCUGUAAAAUUAGGGCAAACUGAUUUGUUCGAUUGCUCGUCUUCCAAUCGAAUCAGAAUCUCUAGCUUAAAACUAUCAUAAGCUCCUAACAAUUCUGUUUCUUUUGAGAUCGGUAAGGAUUACAGAGGCAUUUUGAGAUCGAACUUUAUAGAGGGAGGAGUGCAAGAUAAUGCAGACCCUUGGUGAUCAUAAGUUGCCCCACUUCUUUAAUUAUCCGCCCUACUUCACGUUGCAGCCUGUGAGAGAAACCCGAGAGAAGCAAAUACAACUCUGGAAAGAACUUAUUCUUGAUUAUUGUCGGACGCAAAAGAAAUUUGUAAUUAACGUGGAAGAAGACUUUCCUCUGUUCUCCAACCCUGCAAUAGAAAGAUCUCUGAAUCAUGAAGCAAGAGUAGCCUUCCUGUCAGCUUUAGUCCUGGAUGGACGUGCAGAAUGGAUGGACAAGAGUCAUAGGCAAUGUCUUAUCCUCUGGCAUCGAAUAAAAGAUUGGGCAGACAUUAUAUUACGCUUUGUCAAGGAGAAUGGCUUAGAGGAGAGUGUAAUGACAGUGGAGGAAAUACGUUCAGGGAUUGAAUCUCGUGGAACAGAAAUCCAUGGAAUGGACCGAACAGUUCUAAUGAGAGCACUUAAACUUCUGGAAAACAAGGGAAAGCUUGCAAUCUUCAAGGGAAGUUCAACAGACGAUGAAGGAGUAAAAUUUUCUGUCUAAUAAAAUAUUGAUAUGAUUUAUAGUUGCAUAGAGGAUUCUAUUUGUUUUGUUGGUAGAACACAAACUCAGAAGAUGCCAUUUGCAAGUGUUUAGAGGUGUUGAAAAUAAGCAGUCUUUUUGUUCA